AUGAUAUUCACCUUCCUCCCAAGUACAAUCCCCCAACACCACCUCUCCAAUGUCACCGCCAUUUGCCUCCUCGCAACCCUGACCACGUAUCUCCUCCAUUCCCUGUGGAAGAGACACCACCUCUCCAAAUCCCCCGACAACGACCCAGAGCAGAAGUCCCUGUCUCCCACGUCCAAAUUCAAACAACCCACCCGCAACCCGGGAGAAUGGACCCCAUCCGACUUCAAGCGACCUGCGGCCGCCCCAUAUCCAGACUGGGACGUACAGACCACCGAGCCCAAGCCCUACCGACCGUUCAGAUACGGACCUAAAUAUUUCAUCACCAUGGGCCUGCGCAGCAUGAAAUGGGACGAAUGGAUCGAACUCGACAACCACUACCCACGCUACCACGCCGACAAAGCGCGCCGGAUCCAAGAUCGAGGAGCGAAAUGUUCCAGAACAGCCCCGGAAGCCAUGGACGCUGCCAUGGAGCUUCUGACGGAAUUAACGCUACCCAACGCUCUUCCGCAAAACCCCCACGGGAAUCACCAACCUCCUCACCCAAGAAACCCUAACCACCGUGCCGCCCCUCCCCGAAGACCCCAUGCAAACCUGUGGCCGUCUCGUCCAAGACGACCUCGCCUCAUGAUCGAGCGCCCGGACGGCGAAUACUACCUCCUGGCGGGGUCCAUCCUGCUCGCCGGCUUCUGGCGUCUAGAAGACAAGUACGGGAUGCGGUUGUCGGAGAUCCACACCUCGGGCUCUGUGCCCGGCUACAAAGAGAAGCUCGAGAAGGGCAUGCUGAAUUUCUUCCGCCGGUUGCGGCCCGAGGACCCGGUGCUCCGCAAUAACUACUUCAUCCAGGUGGAUGAGAGCCUGCCCUGGUCGCACAGUAUCGGGUCCGAGGAUGGCGAGACGGUGUCGUGGAAUACGGCGGAGAAGAACCGGGCCAUUGAGAAUCAUUUCUUUCGCUCCGAGAGGCAGAGUUUGAGGAGAUUGCCCAGGACGGGCGCCGUGGUGUUUACUAUUCGGACGUAUUUUGAGCCUAUCACGGAGGUGGUCAAGGAGCCGUAUGUGCCGGGUCGGUUGGCUUCGGCCAUUAGGAGUUGGGGCGAGGAUGUGGCGCGGUAUAAGGGAAGGGAGAAGUAUGGCGAAGUUUUGUUGGAGUAUUUGGAUCGGAUGCAUCAGGAGCAGGUUGCGCAGGGGCUGGAGGUAGACAAGGAGGAGGAGGUUAGGAGUUAUCCGUUUUGA